AUGACUGCUGUGACCUUCGCAAGAGACAACUGGGUGGUAAGUUUUCUGCUUACCCAGAGUGCAUGCAAGGGGAAGACGCUGGAGUACGAAGGCCAUUAAAUUCAAAGAUCAGGUGGCAAUCAAUGGGGUGAAAGUAGUCCCUUUUCAAAGUGAGGCCAAGAACUAAACCAUCACAAUAAAACAAUCUGCACAUGCAGAUGAAUCACAUGGUGCAAUUAUUCCUGGAAUGUACUAUUCAGACUGGAGGGGAAUUUUUUAUCAGCAGGUGUCAGGGUGGGGGUGGGGGAGAAGCCUCGUGUCAAAAUGCUUCUGUGUAAUGUGCACACUCAAAACCAGCAUAUUCUGAAACAGGAUGCAGGCUAGCCUUUUCCACAUCGUGCUGGUUUUGCAUGUAUACUGCAUAAACGAACUUUCAAACAUUUCAUCCCCCAUUCACAUUCUGAAGUGGUACUUACUGUCCAGCAUCAAGAUGCAUCAUGUGAAUCUGCAGAUCAGGUAGCUCAGCUCUAAAGGCAUUUCCUACGUUACAGGAGCAGCGUGGCUGUGGUCCCCAGUGAUACAGCAGCUCCCAAAGCUACCCCAAUAAUGAGGGAUAAAGUGAAAAGCCACCUACCAUACAAGGAUGGCAUGACUAGAUUAGGGAAACUAACUGUGGGUAUGCUCUCACAUCUAUUAAGGCUGCAGCUAAUCCAAAAUUUAAUGAUGUUUUUAAAAUAUUUCUCACUGGACUCCUUCGUCCCUAUAACCAUGUGAACUCUUUUCAUUCAUUUUACCUUUCCUGAUUAUUCUGGUUUUUCCAGUUAAAAAUGCCUAUUUAUUCAUUUAUAUAUUCUGCUUCCUCCCCAGUUCCUUCUUUUUAGGGAAUUUUCACCAUAUUCUUAACUAAAUAACAGAGUCUUGCUUUUACGGUGUGUGUUUUAGACUAACAAAUGCCUCACUCCAACAGCACCCGUGGCUGGGAAUGAAGAUAAGGAUUCAAAUUAAGAGAAUAUGACAUUACAGAUCCAGCUGUCCUUCACUUUAUCUUAAUUGAGGCUUUUGUGCAAGCCUUUGGGGCAUGGCAGGAGUGUCCCCAUGACAUGCAGUUGUCAUAUUUUAUGGUGAACUGUGGUUAGGAAAUUUUGCUUUUAACGUGGUUUUAGAAACGUUGUUAGCUGCUCUGUGUGCAGAAGAGUACGAUGCAAUAAAAUAAAUUACCUCCACCUUCAAAUUCAGUUCUGCUCUACUGUAAUAUUUUCUUUCCUCCCACCUAUCCCCUGAGGCUGACAAGACAAGGAGGAGGACAAGAAGGUGUAACUUUCAGCAUUGCAUGGGAGAGGGAACUUCAGGAGAGGCCUGCUUUUUCUCUCAGCCCUUCAAACUGCCUCUUCUGCACAAAUAUGAAACGCCAACGUCCUUUGCAGCCAGCCACCCGAAUAUACUCUGAAUUGACCCGAUUAUUAUUAUUAUUAUUUUGAAUUGCCUUUUGCAUGCACCUCAAGUCAAUUUACAAAUAUAUCUAAGGCUAAGAAUAGUUUUUAAAAGGGUGCAAAAAAACCAGCUAAAGACAGCUGCUCAUUUUGUGCUGUUUUUAAACCUAAAGCCAGUGCUUUUUUCCUUAAAAAAUGUUUAGGGGUACUCUCAUUUUCCUAUUCAUAUUGAAAUACUGCCCCUCAAUGAGGUCAGAUUCACAAAAUGUUUAGGGGUAUGUGUACCCCUGCGUCCCCCCAGAAAAAAGCACUGCAUAUGGCAGAGACCUUUCCACCCGGCUGGAAAAGCUAGUCAAAACAAAAAAAUGUCUUUGACUGCUUCCAGAAAAUACAGAUUGUGGGUGCCCAUCGUCUUUUGACAAAGAUGCUGCCACUCUGUGAGCAUGGGCGCCCGGACUGAAAGCCCUGCCACGGAGCGGGCUUCCGUAUUUUAGGGACGUGAAGGAAGAGCUCUCCUGCAAAACACAGCGACCUCCUGAGAAUAUGAAGGACAAGGAACACUUCUCAUUAUCCAUAGAGCCGGCAUCGAACAUUUUUCCAGCAUGAGGCGAAGCUGAAAAUGCACCCCUGCCUCCUGUGACUGUGCCCAUCGCAGUUAUUUUGGCACCCGAGGCCGAAAACCCCACAAGCCGCCUUCCCCUUCGGUGGCGGUAGAAUGUGAUAAUAAAUAAACAAACGAAGCAGCUCCUUGCCCUUGGAUGAGGCCUCAAAUCAGCUCCUUGAGGCGGCCCUCUCCCUCUGCUUAAUGGUAGAGCCGGCCCUGUCUGUGCCGCUUCCUCCGUACGCACAAACACACCUCAUUUCUUCUUUUAUAUAUAUGUCUAUAUACAUACAAAUAUGUGCCCCUUUAUCCUUUCCCUGACACUUUUCUUCCUCCCUGCCUUCCUCCCUCUCUCCUCCCCUCGGUUUGCACAGGCCCAGUAAUCAGAUGAGGCAACCGGAUUAUCUCUAGUCCCUCUGCUGCCAGUCUCCAUUUUGUUUCCUCACAGCCUUUGGGGUGGCAGGCACUCCCAAAGUGGCUCACCUGGAGAUGUGAAGAGGGGGGAAACACACACACAACCCCUCGGGCUAUUUAUUAUUAUUAUUUUAUCCGCCCCCCCUCCCGCGCGCCCUCUUCCCUUCUCGCUUCGAGGGCUGCUUUGCCGCCUUCCCUCAGCCUCAUCCCCUGGUGGCCGUUCCCAAAGGGAGACUUCGAGCAAGAGAUCGCGCGCCAUUCCGGUCCUCUCUCUUCGCCUAUCGAGCAUCCUCAUCCUUCGUGGGAAUCCCCCAAGAGCUGGAGGCGUCUGCGGCCUGGAUGUGAAACCUCCGUGACUUGGAGGGAAAGGUAAGGUCUGCGGAGGCCGGCGCUUGUUUCCCUCUGCCCUCUAUCAAAGAGGGAGAAACCUCGUCGGAGAAACCUCUCUUCUUCUUUUUACGAAUCACAAAGCGUGCGCGUGAAAAGGGGCUGUCGAGGUUUUCCUAGGGAAACCUAGCAGUGACUGCGUAGCCAUGAUGGGCUUCCUUUUCCCAGCGGUGGCGGGAAAAAAGAGCCCCUUGAGACGCCAGUAAGGAAGCUCGCCGGAUUCAACGCGGAUUCAUAAGUGUAUUUUCUCGACCCCCCUUUGCCAGAUGUGUGCCAGCUUUUGCUUAACUAUCCCUUUCGUCCCGUGGAGGAUUUCCAAAGUUUGAUUGGCGCGUUUCAGCUUGGCCCCCUCUUGUCCUCAUCUUCGUCCCAGCUUAGGCCACUGUGGCGGGGGGGGGGUGUACUUUGCACAUGCUCAGGGGCACCCACGCCUGCUUUUGAGGGUUCCAGAAUUAAACACAGGUUGUGGGACUGAGUUAACACCCCUCUGGUGCUGGGCCAUGUGGCCGGAGUCAAGUCUCUGCUGUGCUUGUGUUGUAUAGUGAUUUUGUUUCCAUUCUUUGAUGUUUUAGGGAUGCUCAGGGUGGUUCACAGAAUAAGAUCAAGAUAUAAAACCACAAAAUACAUGAUAAAAAUAAAAAUAACAACCCACUAGGCCCCCCACACACAAAAAACACGUUUUAAAAGGGCAUAGGAUGUUGAAUUAUUGGUGUUGAAUGUGGUCUGUGAGAAAUGGGAGGGAACAAGCACUCCCCUUUUUUGCUAUGAGGUCGCAACCAAUAACCUUUGAAUUGCCCCAGAAUUAUAAUCAAGAGAUAUGCUGUGCUAGGAGUGCCAACAUGGCGCCACGAUCAUGGGUGCCCGGGGCUGUGGGUGCUGUGCAGCAUGCAUGGCCCUGGCACCGGAAUUUGUGGGUGCCCGGCCCCUUGGGGAAAUUUGUGGGUGCUCGGGCACCCAGGGCCUCAGGGACUUGGCACCUAUGCACUGUGCAAAUAUUAGUGCUGUGCAUUUUGUUACGCCCCCUUCUGGAAUAAAAAUUGACACUUCCACAUUGUUUCUUCCUUAGAUGGAAUUCACUAAAGUUUUGGUGCUUUUUUAAAACAGCAAUCUGGAGAUGGAUCUCUGAGAUCUUUGUAUUGUUGACUUUAAAUGAGACAGAGUUCUUUUGCUGGUGGGUAAAUGUAGACUAUGACGGCAGAUACUAUAGCUGGGAAAAUGUAUUGAUUGUGCACUGGCAGGAGGUGUGCAUUCAGUUACUGCCCUGUGUGUUUCUUUAACUAGCUUUUGCUUAAUUGCUGGAACCAGGAAAAAAACAAUAUUGGGAGGGCUCAGAAAGAGCAGCAUGCAUGAUGCGUGAAUAUGUGUGAAAUGCUUUUCCUUGUAAAUACAUGGGUCCAACAAUGGGGGUUGGGGGUGUGAACUGGUUAUCUGGGAGCAGGAGGAGAACCCUCUGGGUCCCAGCAUUGGCUCCUCUGCUUUUAAGGACAGUGUGGUUUGCAGAGAUUUAGCAAGCAGAGCUUUCCCAGCAUAGAAAACAUAUGGUGGGAGAGAGCAUAUCUGCUUAAUCUGGCUGCAAGCACAGAGCUGGUAAAAAUGUUGGCAACACUACAUGCAGCUUGCUCUUGAAUACACUGCAUGCCCCCACACUCGUUGCUCCAAAAGGUGCAAUACCGCAAGAUUUGGCAGUUUGUGUUGUGCUCACUGAACUAGAGAACUGCAGGAGAAAAGUCAAACACGUUUUCUUUAGGAAAAUUGCACCUUUGAAAUGUUAAAUUAUAGGAAAGAGUCAUUGCUGAAUGCAACAGGCUUGUGCGUUAGGAAAACAUACAGGACAACUUUCCAAAAGAUACCUGUAUUAGUAACCAAUGAAUUUUUAAGUCAAAUCUUACCGCUGUUUUGUGCCUAAUAGGCACAAAUAGGAUCUGAAUCUACACAGAUAUUUUUUUAAACGCUGUGAAAAUGCCUUUUUAAAAAAAAGUAAAGUAUAUAUGGAAUCUGCCAGUAGCUUAUCAGCUCCAUCUAGUGUCACAUUUGUAUAAUGCACUUAAAACACACUUAAAAUGUUAUAUUUGCAGCUGUAUAACUGAGUCCAUAAUAAAGACGCCCAAACUGUACUUUAACAGAUAGUUAAGGAGGCAUCUUGGAAGUGAAAGCCAUACAUAAAAGUGGAAAGAAGGCUACCAUUACAACAAAAUUAUAUGCAUAUUUACUCAGCUUGCACUGAUGGAACAUACUUAUAAAUUAUUGCAUCCAGAACUGCAACAUUAGUUGCCAGUAUUCAAAAUCCUGUAAUAAGUCAAGAUUGAAGCAAUAUCAUGCUCUCCCCACCACAAUUAUCAUUUUUUCAUAUUUUUUUAAAAAUGCUACUUUUAAUACGUAUAUUCUACACAUUUUUUUUAUUUCCAGGAAAUAGAAAUUAUUUUUAAGAAGAUGGUAGCAAUUAGUAUUCCACUGGGGAUUAGAGAGGCCAGAUGCAAAGAAAGACAGGACUCUCCAUGCCACCUUUAACAGCAGAAUUCCAGCAGAUGCAGCUUAAUGCUCAGAGGUGAGAAGAGCUGUGCUACCAAAAUUUCUCCUCUCUAUACAACUAUUAAAGGUAAAGGAGGCUUCCUUUUUUGCAUCCUAGUGAGGAUUGUGGUGGUUAUGUGGUUUCUAGAUUAAUCUGACAGCAACUUGGAAGAAGUAACUUUUUUAUUUUCCAAUGCUUCCAUUAUAACUUUGCUGGAAUAUCAUUCUGGCUAAUAUAAGAUAGAUAGAUAGCUAGAUAGAUAGCUAGAUAGCUAGAUAGAUAGCUAGAUAGAUAGCUAGAUAGAUAGAUAGAUAGAUAGAUAGAUAGAUAGAUAGAUAGAUGUUGUUGUUGUUGUUUAGUAAUGUCCAACUCUUCGUGACCCCAUGGACCAGAGCACGCCAGGCACUCCUGUCUUCCGCUGCCUCCCGCGGUUUGGUCAAACUCAUGUUGGUAGCUUCGAGAACACUGUCCAACCAUCUCGUCCUCUGUCGUCCCCUUUUCCUUGUCCUCUCAAUCUUUCCCAACAUCAGGGUCAUUUCCAGGGAGUCUUCUCUUCUCAUGAGGUGGCCAAAGUAUUGGAGCCUCAGCUUCAGGAUCUGUCCUUCCAGUGAGCAUUCAGGGCUGAUUUCCUUCAGAAUGGAUAGGUUUGAUCUGGUUGUAGUCCAUGGGACUCUCAAGAGUCUCCUCCAGCACCAUAAUUCAAAAGCAUCAAUUCUUUGGCGACCAGCCUUCUUUAUGGUCCACCUCUCACUUCCAUACAUCACUACUGGGAAAAUCAUAGCUUUAACUAUAUGGACCUUUGUCGGCAAGGUGAUGUCUCUUCUUUUUAAGAUGCUGUACCUAAUGUCAAUUUAAACAAGAGGCUUGCUUUUAAUUUUAACAAUGGUAUAUCUCUAUCUUCUCCAUAAUGGUGGUUAAGAGACAGGACCAGCUCACGCAUGAAUCAAGGUGAGGCAACCCCCUCAGGCCAGAGAUCCAGAGGGCCAGCAGAUCCAGCCUCCAAUAAAUGAAUUGCCUGCUGCCACCACCACUGCAAUAGCUUUGGUGUGCUCCUUGGAGGUUGGAUCUGUCACAUCUUUGGCAGCCCUCUCCCCCCCAUGCCACCUCUAUAGCAGUUUCUUGGCAAAUAGGAGGCUCUGCUGGUCUCCCACCCCUAGAGAAGAAAUGGUGGAAGGCUGCCCUUAGGGGUCUUCUGGGCUCUGCAUCCGCCUGGCAUGAUUCAGAGCAGGCCCCUUUCCCACCACAAUGGCCUUUGAUUCCCACUUCAACCAUUGGGUAAGGCUGACGUGAUUCCCCUUCCCCUUGUUUCUUCACUCACCCUCUUAUUCCCGAUGUAGAUCUUUAUUCUUCCCCUUGUUCGCUUACUCCUUCUUCCCUGGCAGGGGGAAAGCACCAUUUUGUGGUUUGCCUCAGGUGCCAAAAUGUAUUGGACUCACCUUAGUAAGGGGUAGUACAUACACGCUCAACUCUUCACAGCUACACUUGGAUCUGUGAAUAGGCCACUAACACAGCAGACUGAGCCUUCGUAUUGUCUCAGGUAACACUUGGCAGUGUAGUCAGCGCACACAUCCAACUUCCAGUCAUAUGGUACUCAAGUGCACACCUGCACCAAGUCUAAAAGUAAGGCUAAGCGAUAAUUUAUCAAUGCAGUGCUUUAGUGCACAUCCUUCCUAGCAGUGCAGGAGAAGGAAUUUAAAAGGUUUCCCAAUGCUAACACUAUGAAGCUAGGCUGUGGAGCCUACGAGGGUCCUGCAGUCACCUGUGUGGACAUUGUUUCUAAACUAUGUGGACUACAGGGAUCAGGUGUGUGGCAAGACAUAUGCCACACAACAUACUACAAAGCCCUAAAUGCCCUACCUGCCAAGUUUAAUAAGUACAGCAUUUAACUUACUAAUUUCAUACUGUAGCCAUGUCCACACGAGAUUUUCUAACUUCACUGGUUCAGUGAAUUAGUGCCAAUCCAUAAAUACAGUGAAGUAAUGUUUGCACAUUGUGUGGGGUUUUCCACACUGACAUUGGUCCCAUCAACUACUGUGCUGGACUACUGCGAAUUAAUAUGGGCACAGCUAUUGUUUAAGUAGAAUCGGUGCGUCUGGAUACCAGCUAAAAGCUGAUCUGUGCAUGCAGCAGGAUCAGGGAUGAAUCUACACACGGGGGGGGGGGGGACGCUAUAAAUAAAUCAGAAAUUAAAUUGUUAUAACAAAAUAAAAAAACGCUAUGUAAAAAUCACAUCAAUUUUUUUUUGCUCUCCACCGCCAUCUGGUGUUGCAUGUUUAUAACACGUUCAAAAUGUUGUUUGUUGACUAAUGUAGCUGAGUCCCAGGUCAUAUAGUUUCCACCCACCUAGACUAUACUAUUGUGGUGGGAAUAUCUCUGUAUAUGGAAAGCUAGGGCACCAGCGAGAAGGCCAGCCUAGAACUAUGCUCCAUGAUAUGCUAGUUUUCCAUGUUCAGGAUGUUGGACGUUGGUGGUUCGUUUUUUGUGGGGAAGCACUCAAAUAUGCAAUUGCUACCUGCACUUUGAAUAGCACAGUCCAUUCACCACGUGAUUCUGCUGCAUGUGAAAAUCAAGUAUCAAACCCCUUUUGCUAAAAAGUCACACUUCAUCUGACAGUACCGGUGCUUGAAAAGUUAGUUUUAAACAGGAGAAUGUUAUAGUUCUAGUUCACCUUGUCCAAAAAGGAACACCUGUGACUCUUCACCAGCCUGACUCGUGUCUGCAUCUUGGCCUCCCUGAUUCCACUCUCCUGCUUCAGCUUCUGCCCCUGAUUCUGGACUUCUCUCUGCCACAGACUCUCCCAGCUCACUAAGCCAUGUUACCCCUUCAACUUCUGACACCUCCUCCUCCCAGUCUUCUCUCUCUUCUCCCUCUGACCUCUCAUUGGUGCCCCACCACCAAUCCCCAAGCUCUGAGCCUUCUUCUCUUGGGGGUUCCCCACUGGGUUACUCUCACCAUUCCUCCUUUUCAUUCUAAGCACUGGACAAUAUCAUCUGCAUUCAAGUAUAAGAGACGUGUACUUGAAUACUUAAUCAGGUUUCAUAAUUCAAGUUACACAAGCCCUGCUCCACACACCCCUCAAGUGCUUUUGCCCAAGUGGAGGAUGGAGAGUUUAAGUGUGUAGAAACCACUGGUGCCUGCAUAGCUGGUUAGUAGCCUGUUAUGGAAGUAAAAGUAACAGUUGCCUCCACUGUUCCAUCCACAUUUGCCUCUGGCUGCCACACCCACCAUUGGCAUGUGGUGCCCAGAAAAGAAGCCCACAAGGAAACGUAGCCCACAGUCUGAAAAAGGUCGCCCACCUUUGCUCUAAACCAUCUUCCUUAACCAAUGCCAAAACUGGCAUGUCACGUGGAUAUUGAAACCAGUGAUCCACAGAGCUUAAACUCAGUUAUCACAUGCAUUUCAGACAAGGGCAUCUGUUAAACUUCAUUUAUUUGGUAUAAAUGAUGGGGAAAUGGGGAAGAGUUUAGGAAAAGUCAGGAAGCAGGGGUGGAUAUAGAACAGCAUGAACGGUUCCCUCACACUGGGCACUGGGCACUGAGCUGAAGGGGGCACUGCGACCAGGAUGUUGUGCGUGUGCCGAGCAUAAGGCAAUAGGCGAGGAGGGCAUCAAAUUUUAUCCUCACACAGGGUGCCACUGAAAUCUGAAAGAAGGCUGAGGUUGAACCAGUUCUCCAGUUGGAGGUCCUGUCUCACUUAUUAUUUUGAGAACAAAGGCUACACAAUAAAAUUGGAUUGGUUUUAUAUAAGUUGAACAUAUGCUGCCCCCUCCCCUCAAAGAAUCCCAAGAAUUGUUGUUGGAUUCUGACAAAUAUCCCUUAGAAGUACAAUUUCCACAGGUUCGUUUGAAGAAGGGUUAAUGAUAAACCAGUUUUAAGUCUCCAGUGUAGAUUUAUUAGCCUUUCCAUUAAGUCUCUGUCAGUUCCCUCCUCCUUAAUAGAUGGUACCUAUUCUUGCCAAUUCAUGUUAGCACAGCAAAAUGGCUGGGCAGCACAUGCCAAAACCCCUUUGUGCAGGUUGGUGUGUGUGUGUGUGUGGAUUGGGCAGAGGUGUCCUCAGAGUUUCCACCUGCAAAGCGACGCCGGUGUCACUCUGCUGGCCUGGAGUUCCCAGUGGGACCACUACUGGCAGCAGCCCAUAGAAAACCCCCAAACAGGUGCAGGAGGGGGUUGCAGCAGCCCAGAGUGUGCUGGAUCCUGAGCUGGCCCCACUGGCAUUGUGAGAUGUCAUUGGGCCUGAUCUGGGUCUGGUCAUUGCACCAACUCCAUGCUCCACCCCACCCACCGGCACCCUCCACCCCAACCAGCAUGAUUGGCAGGGCUAUGGACACAGUGGUGCCCUCCCUGCUCUCUGGCCAGGGUUUAGGCUGCAGCUUUAGCCUUGUUGUACAAAAGUAUAGAUUUAACACAAGUAGUAAAAAAUCAGAUAUAUCAUAUAACUUAAUUCUACUUCACCAGUACUGGCACAGUUGUUAAUCCAAUUUAAGAAUGUGAGAAGAGCCCUUUUGUACAGUUGUAGUCACAGCCCCUUUUCAUUGUAGCUAUGGAGCACCACUUCAUAUGCCUUGGACAGCAGCUGGUGUCAAUUUAAUUUACACUCAGCCUGUUCCUGUUCCACUUUUCUAAUUGCACAAGGGAUUAACUAGACAACUUCACAAAAAGAUUACAGUUUGAUGAAGAGGUCUUUCAUGUGGCUGCAGGUGUUCCUCUUCAACGGCACGCUAGCAGGUCUCUCUUUUUUGAAACAACAACAACCCAAGUGUGUGCACAUUCAGACUUUAUUGAUCUCAAUGCUAAGCAACACCGAAGCUCUUCUUUAUCUACAGUUUCCCUUCCUACCUAAACUCUUUUUCAAUCGGCAGUUUUAAUGUUCACAAGCAGUAGUAGUGCCAGGUGAAUAGAUGUGGGGGAAAUGACAUUUCUCACUACCACAGCCACCACCUCUUUCCAACCAAUGCUACUCAGUGCUCCCUGCAUAGCUGGCACUUUGAUUUAAUUCUUAGUUGUCUACAGCAAGCCAGGACCCACAGCUUCGCUUCUACCUCCCUGCAUGAUUACAAACAAUGGAUAGCAGAGUUUUUUUCAUUAUUGCUGUUAGGUCAUGACGCUUAACAUUCUAUAUUGGUGCAACUGACUUUCUGGAGGUAUAGGCUGCUUGAAAUAUCUCUUAAGAUCCCAUGCCUGUGGUCCACUGCUGUGUCCCGUUCUUACAGGGCUAGUGAAAGUUGGCAGUGUUUUGUUUUUUGUUUUGCUCUGAUGCUAGAAGUUGGUUUUGCCAGCUGGCUUUUCCCUUUCCAUUGAGGCAGCAUCAGCAGUCAGUUAUAGCCCUUAAACUUCAUUUCUUUCUUGUGCAGUGGACUUCCUUAGGGUGGCAAGGAGCAGGGUGGCGCUGUGGGUUAAACCACAGAGCCUAGGACUUGCCGAUCAGAAGGUCGGCAGUUCAAAUCCCCAUGACGAGGUGAGCUCCUGUUGCUCAGUCCCUGCUCAUGCCAACCUAGCAGUUCGAAAGCAUGUCAGAGUGCAAGUAGAUAAAUAGGUACCGCUCCGGCAGGAAGGUAAACGGCGUUUCCGUGCGCUGCUCUGGUUUGCCAGAAGCAGCUUAGUCAUGCUGGCCACAUGACCCGGAAGCUGUCUGCAGACAAAUGCAGGCUCCCUCGGCCUAUAGAGCGAGAUGAGCGCACAACCCCAGAGUUGGUCACGACUGGACCUAAUGAUCAGGGGUCCCUUUACCUUUACCUUUAUACCCCAUUCAAAGGGCUUCUUGUUAGCAGACUUCCCCCUCACCUGCCACCACCAAUUCUUUACUUCCUAUAGCAUCUACAAUGUGUUUUACAGAGUAACAUAAACAGAAGGGAGGGGCACUGAGGUAUCUGCAGUCUAAUAUUUCACAAUGGGGUGACAAGGGUGGGGUGGGGAUUUGAAAACAUCAGGGCUAAGGGGAGCAAUAUGCCCAAAUUCAUUUGACUUGGAGUGAAAUAUUAGACCACAGUUCGAUGGAGCAUCAUCCAGAGAAGCAGUUUGUCUCCUAGCUUGUGUUGACUGUUACAAUUGUCAUUAAAGUUGAGUUAGGCUGUCCAAAGCACAGUAUGCUCCACAGGCAAUGAUUAUUGCAUGAGUAUCCUGGCUGGAUGUUUAUACUGCUUACCCAAGGGUCCCUAACUUUUGGGGGCCCAGGGGACACAUACACAAAUCUAAGAAACUGACGUGGACACCAGAAUAUACCCAUUUCACAGAAGAAAAGCUGGUGCUGCUCAGUCAUAAAAAAGAGAAACCAAGCAAAACACAAGUAUCUCAGACCAAAGGAAACAUUAAAAAAAACAUCAGGCAACACCCAACAAUGACACACACACCCUGCCAAAAAAAACCCCCCAUGAAAAAUAAAAAAUAUUGGGCAGGGGCCUUGGUGAGCACCAAGGUGUGUGUGUGAAGGCACUAUGGUGCCCGUGGAUGCCACGUUGGAGACACUAGGAUCACUCAAUUAGACCAUACACACGGUCCUAUGCAAGCCCCUCCCCCCUCCUUUAAUCGCAACCAUUUAGUACCAGUCAUCUGCAGUUAUGACCCUUCUUGAAAGAAAUAUGAAUCGGUAGCGGCCAAUCUGGUGAGAUGGAGCCCAUGCAGCCCUGAUCUCACACUGCCUCCCUAGUGUGAAUUGCCUGGUUAGUUUUCUGCUGCAGUUCUCAAGUUGGAUCAAAGCUGGCUUGCAGUAUCAAACGGCAGUAUUUCACGAGAAACCACAGGCUAUCUUCAUUCUGGGUAAUGUAUGUACACAGAUGCAAAAACCAGUGGUGGGAGCACAUUGCAACCAGAGCAAAUGGUAAUUGGAUGCAGACUUGUAUAGGAUUGCAUUGUUUAAAAAAAGGAAAAGUAUCCUUUAGAUAGAGAUCUAAAAAUAAGCAAAACCCUGGCAUCAACACCUUGAAGAGGGGAUUAACUCAGUUAACUUUUGUUUCUUUCUCACUCUCAAGGCUUCCAAAAGAAUAAAUGACCACCUGUCAAUAUUUGUGUUCCAAAGCUUUCAGCAUAAUCUGUGAAGAUUAAUCCUAUCAGAAGUUGCCUCAAGCUCAGCAAGUGCUGUAUAAAAAGCUCCCUUUGCUCUCAGAAUAUUUAAUCAUAUGGCAACUGAGAAUAUAAGGUCAGUCAACCUUUCCCCACAUCUUAAACUUAUCUGUUCUUCUGAAAUUACAGUAUAUUAAACUUGAUCUAAAUUUCCAGAUUAUUCAGCAAGAAGCCCAGGUAAAGUUUUGAAAGAACCACCAAGAAAACUUAUUGGCCUAGUAAUUACUAGGGUAGCUUUAGUCUUAUUUUCUUUAUUUAUAGUAUUUGUACCUCACUCUUCAUCCAAAAAGAAUCCCAGAGUGGGUUACAUAAAAUCAAAACAAAACAUUUUGCCUUUCGAAAAAAAUAAACCAAUAAUUGACUCAUAAUACUCAUCUUCAAAAUAUUGAGAAUCUUACCACAAGUAAACAGCUUUUUUCCUUUUUCUUUUUUAGUACAGGUGCUAAAUUUAUGCAACAAAGUGUCCGAACAUAAAAGAGGGCUAUCACAGAUUAAGGAGCCAUUUACCGCAUUAGAUUCAAUGGCACAUUUACAUCCGCCAGCAAAUACUUCCUUUGGUUUCAAGGUUCUGAAAAUUGAGGUGCACAUUAAAUUUGAUGGCACAUUAGACUUGAGUGAAUACGGUAUUUUUAUUAGGUCAUUCUGAAUCCCCAAAGGUUCUGAUAAAUGAAAACUGAGGCUUGAUAUUUGUAAGCGUCUGCUCACUGUCUGUUCUUUAAUUAACAACUUUCCCACAGCCUUCCCAGUCAACAAAGUGUAGAUAUCCUCUAACAUGCACCAAUAACUCCUCUAAAAGUAGAAUUUGCCAAGCAUGGUAGAUUUGUGUUUAUAAAUGGGACUUUGCGCCCUCCACCCCUGGCUGUUCAUCUUGUAUUCCAACAAGAAUGCUUGUUUAGGCUAGAAAAAAUGGCUUGCAUUCUCAUUCUGAAUGCUCCAUUCCUCAGUUUGUGAGCAGAAAGAGCGGUAUAUAAAUUUAAUAAAUAAAAUAAAAUAUGGUUGAUUUGGGGAUUUUUUUGGGGGGGAGUGUUAUUGGGUUGUUGUUGUUUAUUUUGAUCAUAUAUAUUGUGGUUUUAUAUUUUGAUUUUGUUCUGUGAACUGCCCUGAGACCUCUGGGUAUAAAAAGGUAAAGGGACCCUUGACCAUUAGGUCCAGUCGCAGACGACUCUGGGUGUUGCGGUGCUCAACUCGCUUUACUGGCCAAGGAAGCCAGUGUUUGUCUGCAGACAGUUUCCGGGUCAUGUAGCCAGCAUGACUAAGCCGCUUCUGGCAAACCAGAGCGGUGCACGGAAAUGCCGUUUACCUUCCCGCCGGAGCGGUACCUAUUUAUCUACUUGCACUUUGACAUGCUUUUGAACUGCUAGGCUGGCAGGAGCUGGGACCGAGCAAUGGGAGCUCACCCUGUUGCGGGGAUUCGAACCGCUAGCCUUCUGAUCGGCAAGCCCUAGGCUCGGUGGUUUAGACCACAGCGCCACCCGCAUCCUCUGGUUAUAGAGUGGUAUAUAAAUUCAGUAAAUAAUAAAUAAAAUAAUAAAAUAAAGAGCUCUUCAGAGGAUUUAAGUAAUACGACAUACAUUUAAAAGGAGAGGAAUCUCCAUUAAUCAUGCCCAUGAUUUGGGAAACUGUUGGAAUUCUAGUUCAAACCAUAAUGGCUGAAACCCUUUCGUGUUUUGUUAUGUUUAUUUACAAUGACCCUCAUUGCAUAAUUGACUUUUUCCAAAACUUCCUUCUCACUUUGCAUAAUAUGGCAAGAUUAGCUAAUAUUUUAACAGCUUCAUGUGGUGUGAUGUAAUACAGUCACAUUAUGCUUACAGAACUAUAGCGUUGGAAGAGAAUGCAGGCAAUCUUUUACCCAACGUGGGGCUCAAACCCACAACCCUGAGAUUAAGUCUCAUGCUCUAACGAAGGAAACUCUUAUAUGCAUGUUAUACCCAGUUUACAGUCUCUUACACAGUAUGAUAUGCAGGGACAAGAAGGAAGCAUGUGUUAAAUCAAAUUGGUUAAAUCAAACAGAGAUGCCCAGGUGUAACAAAAACUUUAGGCCAAAGUCUCUCUUCACUUUUUUCAUGGAGUAGUUACUAGAGGUCUUGGUUAACAGUUUUGUUUAAGAAAUCGAACACAUAACCCAUAUUUUAACAAUUAUAGCAGAGCUUUUCAAACUUUUCAUGUUGAGGACACACUUUUUAGACAUGCAUCAUUUCGCGACACAGUAAUUCAGUUUUACUAGCAAACCGGGAGGGCUGCCCGCUCCCUUUGCAGCCUUGGGGGGAGCACAGGGAGCGUUCGUGCGACACACCUACACAUUGCAGCCAAAACACUAACGUGUCACGACACACCGUUUGGAAAGUUCUGAAUUACAGCCUUUAUACCUGUCUAGUGUGAUGGAUGUGGCUGGGUUUUCAGAGGUGAAAGUCAGGUCAGGUUCAUCAGUCACCUUUAACUGGUUUUUUUUUGGGGGGGGGGCAGAAUCAGUGUGCUGUGUUAUGAAAAUUACGGGGCCAAGUCUGGGCCCUUGAUGACCUGUCCGAUAACCCAGCCCUGCCCAAAACGGCCUCAAUAUCUGUCAAUGGGGAAAAAUUAACCAAGUGCAAAUGUUCUCAGCUGCUCUCCAGCCUUUCAGCAGCCCACCUGAAUGGAGCUUGUGGACCACAAUUUGGGAACCUCCAGUUUAAAGCUUGUUUUUCUGUUUUAAAAAAACAAGUCUGCAAGCUCUGAAAUAGAAUACGGGCAAAUAUUCUUGCUGACCUACAUUUAAACACACAUUGCCUUUGGUUUAUUUGCUCGAACAAGAUUAUUUCAAGUGCAGCUAGAAGCAAGAGGAAGGUCAGUCUGAGCAUUAAAUAAAACCUAGCGCAGUGAUUUGAUUAGUAGCAAUUUACCAUCUGGAAGGAAGGACAUUUUAAAGGCAGCUGCAUUUGGAGACAAAAUUGCAGGUCAUUUUUGUUUUUCAUUUUUAAAUUAGAGAAACUAUAUUACCUGUCAGGAAAACAAAACACUUGAGUAAUCCUUUCGGUUACGUGUACGAAAUCCUCAGGAUUAGCCACCCCACCUGACACAUCAGGAGCAGGGAAGGAGAAAAGAUAGCUGAUUCCCAUAUGCUGAUAUGCAGCUGGCAAUGGCUGAUGAAACAAAACAAAAACUCAUAGUUUUUUGUGCGUGUCGUGUCGCCCAAAUCUCAUUAUGAACACGGAAGGAUGAAAUUAUUGUAUUAGUUUGUGGCAGGAGCAGGAGGGGAAUUUAUCUUUGAUUUUAGUCAGAGAUCACCCCUCCCCACCCUCCAGCCUUGUCUUAAUGCGCUGUAUAAACAUAACAUUCCAAGAAAGAUAUUGGGAAUGCUUUGCAAACACGAAUUAAACCUUGGGGUGGAUGGGUGGGAAAUCUUAUCCCCUUAUUGUGAUUAAGUAAACAGAAUCACAAUUAGAUUAAGGAGCCUUCAAAGUCGUACACAGGUGGCUCUCAACUUAUCCUGGGGUUACCUUCCGGAGAUGGCACCUGGAGCCAAAAUUGUGUACAGUCAAAGUGCAUUGGGUUCAGUGGCAGCCCGGACACUGAGACCCAGCGCUGAGGGCCUUCUGGCAGUUCCCUCAUUGCGAGAAGUGAGGUUACAGGGAACCAGACAGAGGGCCUUCUCAGUAGUGGAAUGCCCUCCCAUCAGAUGUCAAGGAAAUAAGCAGCUAUCCUAUUUUUAAAAGACAUCUGAAAGCAGCCCUGUUUAGGGAAGUUUUUAAUAUUUAAUGCUUUAUUGUUUUUAACACUUGAUUGGGAGCCACCCAGAGUGGCUGGGAAAACUCAGCCAGAUGGGAGGGGUAUAAAUAAUAUUUUAUUAUUAUUAUUAUUAUUAUUAUUAUUAUUAUUAUUAUUACGUAUAUAGGAUUGCCAAAGUUUCUUCCUCCAGGUACCUUCCCCCCUUUCCAAUUUCUUUUGCCAAGUGCAAAUAGCUGAAUGUGCGCAAGUUAAAUGCCCACAAGGUGCAAGUUACCUGUAGUGAAGUACUGAUCAGUUUUAAAAUAGAUUAAAUUCCUGUUUUAUUAUUCAGAUUUUUGUGGGGAAGGAGGCAUGUUUCAUAAUUUUUAAAUUGAGGGCUUGAAAUGAUAUUGUUGAUGGUUUAUGCCUUCUCAGUAGUUUGUCCAUACUGUAAAUAUGCUGCAUAGAAGUCUGGACAAGCUAUUAAAUUACAAGGCCUAGCCUGGUAGGUAAUUGGCUUUUGACAGCAGUGGGGUGUGACUUACCCCCUAUUCCCUGCACGUACAAUUUGUGACCUACAGAAACUGAACGGAAUCACCACCCAAUGGACUUCAUGGCUCUUCUCUCCCUCCCCACCCCCUUUGUAGUUUCUAGAAAGUUUUUAAAACUCCAUACAUGUCGAGCAGACUUUUCUUAUUUUCAGGUCCAGAGCACAAGAAAUACUUGCCCCCCCCCCCGAUACUUGUGUUGGAAGAGAUGGUUUGCUACCGCCAUGUAUUAUUUAGGUAGUGGUGAAACUGAUCUUUUGCAUAAUCGAGAGAUUUCGGUGUAGUUCACAAAUUGUGGAUUCUUUUGCACACUUAUUUCUUCACAAGCAAUGCUUCCCAGAAGUUGCUGGUUGUAAUCAGGGUGUCUGUAAUGAGCUUACGAACAGAUAAGAACCUAGAUACAGCAGCCUUCUACGAGAGUCAAUCUUAUAAGUAAAUUAAAAUCACACUGCCCUUCUUGGUGUAAAACGAGGCAUGUGGUUGCCUUGGUGUUAAAAGUAGAGCUCCUUGCCCUCUAUUAUUUCUGCACAGGCUUCUGUCUCAUGGACACUGCUGUUAUAAAGUCAGUAACGGUUACCAGGAGGAGGCCUCAGUAGUCUCCUUAGAUGUGGCAGGCAAAUAGGUUCCUGUGAAUCCUCUGUGGAUGCUGAAAAUGGUACUACAGUGGUACCUCGGGUUAAGUACUUAAUUCGUUCCGGAGGUCCGUUCUUAACCUGAAACUGUUCUUAACCUGAAGCACCACUUUAGCUAAUGGGGCCUCCUGCUGCUGCCACGCCGCCGGAGCACAAUUUCUGUUCUCAUCCUGAAGCAAAGUUCUUAACCUGAAGCACUGUUUCUGGGUUAGCGGAGUCUGUAACCUGAAGCAUAUGUAACCCGAGGUACCACUGUCCUGGUUUCUUGACUUCUACCAGGCUUUGCCCACCAUUUUGUUUACCUGAGUUUCCCACACUUUUUCGGUUCAUAUGGAAUGGGGAAAUUUUAUUUCCAAUUGGUUGAAAUUUGGAGGGCUUCCCAGCAUUUAAAGCCACAAUCUUCUACCAGUUGCUUGGGGCAGCUAAGUGAUACUCACUCCCAAACCCCACAGGAGAACUUGAGCUAAUGGGAUCAUUUUGUUGGAUGGAGCCCAGAAGCUUUGGCAUAGAGUUUGGUGGGAAACCACAUUUCAGAGCUCAAGUGUUUCUGCUUGUGGGUGUCAGGGGUGCUUCUCAGCAAAAGCAAUGCACAUGGCAGAUAGUUAAUGAUUUAUUGUCAAAGAUAAGACUUGCAGUCGCUUCUGCAGCUUUGGAUAUCUACACACACCAAUCCCCAUCUCAAUCCCGAUUUUCCUGGGACAUCCCAGAAUUACAGAAGCCAUCCCAGCUUCUGAUUUGAUCCCAUAAUGUCCCAUUUCCCCCCACCGGCGCUGCCGCCACUGAGCUUGAGGAGGAGGAUGAGCCAGCGCUUGCAGUGGUGCUGUGCUCUCACACGAGUGUGGCGCCAAAAGACAUUCUCAUCCGAGGAAUGUUGGAGGGUAUGUAGCCUAAUGGCUAGGCAGCUAUUCCCAGGUCCAUGCUCUAUGGAGCAGUUGCAGCAACUGGGGACCACUCCCCCUCCUCUGGUUUAUAUACCUUCCCCCAAUGGGCUGCACGCAUGUAGCUGGAAACUAAGCCUACAUGGAAGCUGCCUCUGCUCUUCCCCCUUCAGUUCUCUCCUGGCUCUGGGAGGCAGUGGUGCAGGAGAGGGUGAGGAAGCACCCAGCCCUUCACUUGUGUGCCUGUCUCUUCUUCCUCCAGCCCUGACAUGUCCCAUGCUUCUGAUUCUUGCCUCUUGGCUGGUAUAGAAUCCCCACAAACCAUUGCCCCCCUCUAGUGAGUCAGACUCCGGCCCCCUUUCCCCCCAUGGCACACUUGUCAGUGUUCUCCUGCCAGUGGGGCUCCCAAGACCAAAAGAAACUCAUGCUUAGAGAAAAAUAGCUUUAGAGAAGCCAUUUGUGGGGUGGGAAUAGUAAACCCUCCUACCUUUCCAGAAUAAAGCAACAGCACUUGCAGUAAGUUACUUGAACUUGGGACGAGGGGGAACUCUUGAGACCUGCCAAGCUCUGUCCUAAAUAUCUGUACCAGCCUCUGACCUCUUGCCUAUUUUACUUCUGUGGUGCCAUGCAAUAUACAGAGGGAAGUACUAUCCUAUAGGGAUAGCCAUGGAGAUUCUGCACUAAGGCCAGUCUAUCUGCUUGGGAGGUAAGACUAAGGAACGUAGAGAACAAAGUAACCCUCCCUUUGUGCAACCAGCUCUCCAAUGUCUGUAGCCUGUUGGCCUGACUUUGCACGUAUUCAAAAAGCAACGACUUUGCAGUUUGAUCAAUCUGCUGUUCUUACAGGCUGAACCUCAAAAGAUUAGCAGUGUGUUCUUGUUUUUUAUGUGCAUCUCUCAAAUGCUUUGUGGGUUGUUUGUACUUAUUGUUGUACAUACACUCUGUUUCAAAAAUAAAACAGGCUGUUAAUUUUUUAAAAAUCACAUAUGAAUUCAAAUAUGUACAGGUGUGGCGUAUUCAGGUCUUGUUUGAAUGCAGGAAAAGUGGAUUAACAGCUGAAAAACGCUCAGAUGUGGGCAAGCCCAAAGCCUUCUCUACCAAAGCCAGCUUCUAAGCUGGGUGUGAAAUGCAUCAGGAUGGAUGAACUGUCCUAGUGAAUAGGAUAGGGAACCAGGGAAAAGGGCCUUAUUUGCAUAUGUGGACCUGAGUGGAAACUAUCUACAGUUUCCCCCUGCUGGCCCAGGGUGAGAACUUCAGUACAUAACAAGGGCCUUCUCGGCAGCGGCGCCCUCCCUGUGGAAUGCUCUCCCACCAGAUGUCAAGGGGAUAAAUAACUAUACAACUUUUAGAAGGCAUCUGAAGGCAGCCCUGUAUGGGAAGUUUUGAAUGUUUGAUGUUUUAUUGUGUUUUUGUAUGUGUUGGAAGCCGCACAGAGUGGCUGGGGCAACCCAGCCAGACUGGCAGCAUUAUUAUUAUUAUUAUUAUUAUUAUUAUUAUUAUUAUUAUUAUUACUUAGCAUGGAGGGGCAUGCUGAGUAGAGGAGAAGCUGAAGCAAGGAAGGCAGGUUGGGAGGAAGAGAAGGCAAGGAGAAGAUGGGUGUCUAUUACCUCUUCUGGCAUCACCACCCAACACUUUGGCCUAUCUAUGAAAUUUCCUAAGCCUUUACACAACGGGGGCGAAGAAUGGAUGGUGGCCUGUCAGGUGUUGCUGGUCUACAGUUCUCCCUAUCCCACUCUAUUGGCCAUGCUGGAAUGAAGUUGAUACUGGAGUUGGAGUUGAACACCUGGAAGCCGGACUAGCAGGUUCCAAUCCCUGCUAUACACUUUAUAAAGUAUACAGCAAAUUUAUUUCUUAAAAAUAAAAAUGGGUUUUUUGUUGGUUUCUGCUGUCUGGAUAUUGUUUUUGUUCCAGUGUGUUUAAUCUUUUAUGUCAAGAUGGAAAACUUGGCUCUUAAUCUGAAGCGUCAGUCAAAUACAACUUUUAGUUUAAUUCUUUAAAGAUGAACUUUGCCAGUGCUUACUCUUGAAUAAAAGAUUAGCACUGGUGCAUUGCUAGGCUUUCCUAAGCUCUUUGUCGACAGCAACACGUGCUCUAAAAAAUCUCCUCCCAAUUCUCCAUAAUUUAAUUAAAUCCUUAUGUAUUUCAUCUGCCUACUUUCCAUUUUCCAAAUUGCAAUUCAGACCCUGCAGGUUAUUCAGAGUUCCUUUAAAAAAAAUAACUUUUUUUUUUACAAGAUUGUCCAGGGAUUUCAGUAAUUUGCCACCAGAUCAACAUCAGCAAUCAAAACAGAAAAUCUAAUAAUAAUUCAGAUUCUAUAUUUACUAGUACAUUAAAUAGGUCACUGCUUUAAUCAUAACUCAUAGAGGAGACACACACGCACACAUGCAUUUGUUGGUUUCAAGCAAAGCAGUUCAGUGCAAUUAGCAAACGCAUUUCAGAUCCGCUUCUGAAGCUAAGCCAAAAAUAGUGGAUGUUAAUUCCAUUUCUAUCCUAAUCCUUCUUCUGCUUGUCUAAUGUUUUGGUACUCAUAAGUCAUAACAUGUCCACUUCAAAUUGUAUGUUUCCUGUUUGCUGUGCCCAAAUACAGAUUUGUUGCAGAUUUCCAAACAUAAGUACCAUAUUAAGAGUGAAUUCAAUGUUAAUAUUAUUUUUUUUGCUUGGAAACUGGUUUCAUAACACUGCGAUUGGUUGUGAACCUGCAGCCGUGGAACUAAAUGUAGUCUCCACUCAGGCGUGCACACACACACACACACACGUUUAAUCUUACUCCUAAGUGAAUAUUCUCCUAUCAUGUUGCCUCCAUGGCAGGAAAGUUCCACCUUAAUAAAUUUAAGGGAUUAUAUCCUACCUUUUGACUUAGAAAGCUGUCAGGGUGGCGUUCAGACUAAUUUGUAACCAUCAAAAAAGCAGCUGAAAACAAACAACAAAAUUAAAAACAGCUGAACACUAAAAUAUAAUUAAAAACCUGAAAAAAACAGGUGGGUUUUUGCUGGCAUCUAAAAAGAAAAGUCUCUUGGAAAAUAGAAGCUUUUGACUUGUUAAAAUGCCAGAUAAGUAGCAGGGAUUACGACAUAUGUGAGCUGUAGUAUGGUUGCAUAUACACUAUACAUUACAUUUUCCACCCCUCCCACAAAAUCCUAGGAAUAGUAGUUUGCCCCUCUCAUAGCAUCCUCAAUAAACUACAGUUCCCAGGACUAUUUGGACGGGGGAUGUGAGUAUAUGCACGGCCUUGGGUGUGACUUUAUUUUAGAACCUGCGCAAAGCUGUUUUAACACAUGAACUGCUUUUAAUUGUCUCUUUUUCCCCCUUUCUUGCCCUAGAACUCUCCUGUGCCAUGGAAACAAACAGCCACCAACUCCACCCUCAUCAGGAAACCUUGAACUCUGUUUGCCACAGCACUCUCAACCUGAACUAUCACCCUCUCUCAAAGAGCUCCACAAAUCUGGCCGGCGUUGGGCAAGUGGGUUCUGA